AUGGCUACCCUCAACGAACUCAAAAAGGCCCUCUGGCUGAAAGCUGACAGCAUCACGCCCUUACCGAGGCAGGUCUUGUCCGAGUAUCAGUAUGCCACUGGCUUUGAGCUUUUGGCGCGGGACCCAGAGUGGGCCACAGACGAGAGCUUUAUGGCCCAGCUGUCCCAACUGCUGGGCCCUCUCUUUGGUUCACGUACCGGAAUCUCCGUCUUGGAGAUUGGUCCUGGCCCAAAGAGUGUACUCGGCCACCUUUCACAGGAGAUGAGAUCCAGGAUCAAGAGAUAUACUGCAUUUGAGCCAAAUACCUUGCACGCUACACGACUGGAAGCAUGGCUCUCCGACUGCCGCGGAGGGGAGUGCCCGCUGCCUCGACUUCGAAGCGAACCCAUCAUUCACCGAGCACCAUUCGAAAUGGGCCGCCAUGCAGAAAGCAGUACUCCACCGCAUGAAGAUGACCAAGACCAAGGCUUUGACCUUGUUCUGUUCUGCCACAGCAUGUAUGGCAUGAAUCCCAAGCGUAGUUUUGUUGAACGAGCGCUAGAAUUGCUUGCGCAUGAUGCACCAGGAGGUUUGGUUGUAAUCAUCCACCGCGAGGCGACGUUGCAUCUAGACGGCUUGGUCUGCUAUCGAACGAUUUCUCUCCCUAGCGGUUGCGUUUACGUGGAAAAUGACGACGUGUCGUUAGACUCGUUCAGCGCUUUCAUCGCCGGCUUUGCGAUCGAGGACGCCGCAGCUGACAAGAAUGUCCGCGAUCAUUGGCGUAUCGUGUGCCGCACCCUGGGCCGUCUUGACAAAGACCAUCUCAACCAUCUCAAAUUCAGCGCGCCACAAGAAAUUGUGGCUUUUACCCGAGAUUCGACAAGUCUCGAGUUUCUCAAAUCAGAGGGACUGGUAUUCCAGGAGCAAAAGACAGUCAAGAACCGGGACGCACGGCUUCAUAGUCCUGCUGCCAUCGUAAGACCAACAGGAAUCCGACAGCUACAACAUUGUGUUGAAUGGGCUCUGGACCACCAAGUUGGCCUCACCAUCAUUGGUGGGGGUCACAGCGGCCAGUGUCUGUGGUCUAAUGUAGUUGCCAUCGACAUGGGCGCGUUUGACCAAGUUCAUAUUCUCGAAGAACCAGGAGAAGAAGAAGGAGCAAAUGGACCUCUUCCUUUGGACCACUUGAUCAUUGCCGAGGCCGGCUGUAAUACGGGAGACGUCAUACGCAAGUCCAUGGCAUCGGGAUUGACUGUUCCGCUGGGUGCUCGCCCAAGCGUUGGCGCCGGAUUAUGGCUUCAAGGUGGCAUUGGACACUUAUCUCGGAUACACGGCCUGACGUGCGAUGCAAUCAUUGGCGCCGUCCUGGUGAGUGUUGAUUCUGGUCAGGUUCUUCAUGUCGGUCAUGUCCCAAGGGCCUAUCGACCAGCUGGAUCAGUACGUCCAGAUAACGAGGCCGAUCUACUCUGGGCAAUAAAAGGUGCAGGCACAAACUUUGGUGUUGUAACUAGCGUCACUUUGAAGGCACAACCGGCUCGGAACUUUCUGGUUCGAAAUUGGAAAGUUCCUGUUCCAAACAUGGCAAAUCCAGUUGUUUUUCUGGCCGAUUUCGACAAGCAAAUUGCUCAGAAGCUGGGGCGAGACUCUUCAGUAGAUGCCUACAUCUUUGGAGAUGAAGGAAUGCUGCUAGUUGGUGUCACGUUGUAUCAAUCGUUCCUGGCCGGAUCUGAGACUCCGGAUCAUAUUGAUUUGGAAAAAGUCUUGGGACCGGAAGAAUGCGUCAAAAUCGUGGACAGCGUCGAUGUCUUUGACACGGAGAUGUACAUUUCCGGUAUGCAUGGGGGGCAUGGCGGGGGGAAAACCUCGUCCUUCAAGCGCUGUGCAUUCAUAAGGAACAUUGGGGCGGCAAAGGUCGCGAAUGUGGUCAUGUCAGCUAUCCAGACUCGCCCUUCACCCUUAUGCUACAUCCACCUGCUUCAGGGUGGUGGAGCGGUGAGCGAUGUGGCAGCCACUUCUACAGCUUUUGGCUGUCGAGAUUGGGACUUUGCAUGCGUAAUCACUGGUGUCUGGCCACGCGAACAAGACGGCACCGUCAUUUCUCGCUCCAUCAAGCAAUGGGUAUAUAAUGUCGCAACAAGUCUUUCAUCGUUGAGCAGCGGUUUCUAUGGCGCAGACCUUGGUCCAGAUCCAAGAGACCUCGAACUGGCGAACAAGGCCUUUGGCCCAAAUCGACCGCGACUGGCUCAUCUCAAAGAGAAUUGCGAUCCUUGUAACGUGCUGGCCUAUGCAUGUCCGCUACCAAAACUGCCAAUAGGACCAAAGCUUGUCAUUCUAGUCACUGGCGACAGUGGUGCCGGCAAAGACUAUUGCGCAGAAAUAUGGGUUGCCUUUCUCAAUCAGUGCGUCCACGUCAACCUGAAAUGUGCAUCAGUUAGCAUCAGCAACAAAAUCAAGCGCCAGUAUGCGGCGGCUACGGGCGCAGAUCUGGACCGCCUCCUUGGAGAUCGUAUCUACAAGGAACAGCACCGACCGGCAUUGACAGCAUUCUUCCAGGGUCAGGUGCGAAAGAGACCUGGACUACCAGUCGAAAACUUUCUCAGUGCUGUGCACAACGCUGGCAAUGUGGACGUACUCUUGAUUACCGGAAUGAGAGACGCCGCUCCGGUGACGACCUUGUCACACUUGGUGCCGCACACGAGGCUACUGGAUAUACGCGUUGAAGCCAGUACCAAGACUCGAAUCCUGCGGAGAAGCUUUGACAGCCACAAUACUGAUACUGGCAUCGAAGACGGUAAUCUCUGCAAGUCAGACUCGAUUACCGUGGACUAUCAGCCCAGUCUGACAUUUCACAACGAAACGUCUGGCAGUGAGGCCGCAGAGCACUUUGCCCAACAUAUUCUCCUUCAAUUCUUGGAUGAGGAUCUGGGAAAACUGGCCAAGAUGGUACGCUCAGUGCCUAAUUAUCCCCGGCCAGGAAUUGAGUUUCGGCACAUCCUUGGCAUUGUAGAACAGCCGGGCGGCCUAGAUCUAUGCGCGUCACUCUUGGAAGCGCAGUAUGCAUCUGAAUGGAGUCAAGUUGACCGCAUAGCGUGUUGCGAGGCCGGCGGAUUCUUGAUUGCAUCAGCAUUGGCCACACGAACCAAGGUGCCUCUACUGCUCAUGCGCGAAGCCUCCAAGCUCCCCCCGCCCAUCCUCUCCGUCGUCAAGUCGGCAUCGUACAUAUCGUCGUCUUCGCGUGUCAAGAGUCGAGACCAGAGGAUAGGCAUGGACCGUGACGCUAGCAGUAAUUGCAAAUCAGUGGUAGUGGUUGAUGAUGUGCUUGCCACUGGAAAGACGCUUUGUGCAAUGAUGAAGCUCCUUGAAGAGAGUGGUCUUGGUCUUGAUGCUGCAGAUAUAACCAUUCUGGUCGUGGCCGAGUUUCCCAUCCAUCGCGGACGGGAACUUCUGCGCCGGCAUGGCUUUGGAAAUGUUAGAAUUCAGAGUCUCUUGGUUUUUGGUGGAUCUUGA